AUGAAUCCAUUUGAAAAAUUUAUUGUUGAAACAACUGAAAAUGAAAUGACAAGAUCAAAAAGUUUUGAUCUUUCCAAUUCCGAAUCUUCAUUAUUUCAACAAAAUACACAACUUUCAAGUAUAUCAAAUGCUAUUGGAUAUGAUCCUUCACGUAUGGCUACUUUUUUAGGACAUCAUCAUACAUUAAAUAAUAAAUCUGUACAAAAAUUAGAUACGAUUCAUGAAAAUUUGCCAACAUCCAAACAGAAUUUUUCACCGCAGAUAUCAUCGAGUUUUUGCUGGAAUCAAAACAAAGAACAACCAUUAUCAGAUAAUAAAAUUGUAUCAGUUCGUGGUUCUGUUAGUUCAUGGAAUUUAUAA